AUGGUGCGCGCCAAGGCCAAGGCCAAGGCGGAGGCCGAACCCCCGCCGACUUCGGAGGUGGCCAGCGCCGAAAGCAAUGGCAUUAACAAAGAGUUCCUGGCCGAGAUAGCCGCGCUGUAUGAAAAGAUUUGCAGCCACGAAGUGUUUCGCGACCUGCGGGACGCGGGGGCCCUGGACGCCAGCUCGGCGGCCGAGGAGGGUGCUGGCGAUGGGGAUUUGGAGACGCCUGCCAAGCGCGCCCGCAUGGCAUCCAGGAGCGGCGGUACUAAGAAGACGAGCCAGCGCAGCAACAUCCAUGGAAUGCAGGCGGCCUUUGAUCUCGCUGAGUACCAGACUGCAAUGAAACUUCACGGGACCUACCGCUGCGGCGGCAACGAGUUAUGGUUGGAUUUCUGGUUCACCGCGCAGCCAGGGGUGCCCUACAACAAGACUAGCAUUCUCCAGCUCGCCGAGAAGAGCUUCUUUGAGCCCAAACAGUGGACGGGCACGAACGUGGUAAUGGUCCCAGACCUGGCGUACAAUCCGAUGGAGCACCAGGGCGCCUUGCGCAGGCUCUCGCCCGAGGAGGUGAACUUCGCGCGCAUAAUCGGCAUCGCCAAUGCCAUAGACAGGGGGGCCUCCAAAGAUGUGCUCGAGGCGUUCAAGGUGGACCUCCAGUCCGCGGCGUUCCAGUUUGAGCUUCACGAGGGCGGCGUUGACAACCCGUCCCACGCGGCGAUCCGCAGGUCAAUCAAUCUUCGAGAGCAGAUGCGGCAGACGGCGAAGGCGGUUGGCCGCGACACCCUCCAGCGCAUUUUCGAAGUGCUGCGGAUUCGGAGGCUCAUGGAGCAGAGCCGCGGAGCGGGCAAGGUUUCCAACGAGGCGCUGGCGCAAUACUACGAGAACGAUAUUAACUUGAGCACGGAGUCAGAGGCGGUGACCUCCACAUUCAUCAACCAGACAUCGGUCGUCUACAACAACAUCCUCAAGGACGGGAAAAACCUUGCCAUCCUGCGCUCUCUGUCCGAGCAGUACGGCCAUAACAACCCGCUCAACGGCAUGACUAAGCUGAACACAGUGCUGACGAAGUGCGAUAAGCAGCCCACGCUGAUCACUUGGGUCUUGGAGAAGAUCCGUGACGUUGUCACUAGCGGCAUGCUCGACGUUGGCGAGGUCUCCAAUCGCGCUCUGAAAGAAUCAGCUGGCGGGCACAAGGGCUUGGUGGACCUCUUCGUGAUCAAGAAGCAGCUGUUGGUCUACCUGCUGGCGACGGACAUCGACAGGCGCCUGCGCGGCUCCGGCAGUUCAAAGCGCAGAGACGAGAUCGUCGACCUGCUGGGCAGCCACUCAAAGUACAGGUCCAAGCUGAGCCCCAUCGGCAAUGAGCCCGACCUGACGUUCCUCGCCGAAUACAAGGACAGUGAGAAGAUGACCAUCCGCGCCUACGAGAACCUCAUCUACGGUACGGAGUUCGACGCCCAACUGCGCUACUGCGCGCGCCUCAAGAAGACGCCGGAUGAGAUCGUCGAGACCGAUGCCAUCAAGGCCGAGCUUGACAGGAUCGACGCCCAGGUGGCCUUGGAGCUGGCCGUUGACGACGUGCAGAUGUGGAGGGUCGUCGCGCGCCGCAGGAUCGGCGAGAGCGCCAAGCUGAUUUGCGACAGCGGCAGCAGCGAGGCGGCGCUCGUGGCGACGCUGCAGGCGAGCGAGAUCGCCAAACUGCCUGGGGACGCGUGCGGGCACGUCCUGAUACACUGCGACCUGGACCUGCUCACGGAAUCCCAGACGGCGCCGCGCACUCGGCAGCCGCCGGCAAGGAAGCCCCAACUAUCGCGCCUGAUCAAUUCCGUCAUCGCCUUGCGCAAGGCCGCGAACCCAGAUGACAACGGCUGCAAACUCAUCAGAGGUGAUGUCUUCCUCUUCCGCGACGGGGGCAAGCGUACCAUCGCCGAUUUCGUCAGCAAGCAUCUCGUCGCUGGCAGAGGCAGGUGGAACUCUGUGGCGCGGCAGGAAAAUCUCGUCAAGCUCUGGACUCACGUCGUGAUUUCCGAGGACUCCCUGAAGGAGCGCCGCUCGAGGGUUCGCGGCGUAGGGGCCCUCAAGCAGCUGACGGGCCUGCACGCGUACAUGUUUGCCGAUGCCGUCAUCCCCGAGAAGGCGCGGUCCGUCUACAGCGGCACGAACAUGGGUGACGCGUUGGGCCCUGUGGGUUUCCAGAAGUGGGCUGAGUCCUGGAAGUGCCCCCUCGAUGUCAAGAAGGCGAUGUAUGGCGAUAACAUUCGCCCAGUGGGAGGGCGGAACCCUGGUGAUAACGGCGACAGCGACGGUGAUGAGGGCGGGGACCCGACUACGGCCGCGGCGGCCGCCGCAGAAGACGAGGACGACGACAAGAACCGCCCCAACUUCCAGCUCGACACCGCGAACGGCAAGAAGAAAGCAGAGCCUGGCUUCUGGUGGGCCCUCCCAGUGGCCUACUACAAAGAGGUCAAGCAUUCGUAUUAUGGUCGCCGCAUCAUCGACCUGAGCCCAGGCCCGGGCAAUUUCUUGAUUGCGACGUGGGAGGAGACGCCGCCGACGCCCUACAUCGGCGUCUGCUUCGGGCCGCCCCACCAGGCGGAGCUGCAGGAGCACUUGGUGGACGAGUACCUGGCGAAGAUGUGCACGGAGGGCCACCCGGUCUACAACAAGGACUACGCCAAGUUCAAGAACGAGUCGACGACGACGAGCGCCGCGCCUCCUCCGCCCCCUGAUCCACAGCCCAAGCAGCGCGCCACCGCUGGUGCUAAGCGCGCGGCUGCUAAGAGGGCGGCUGCCUCGGCGGCGGCGGGCGCCGCGGCCGACGCUGAGGCGGAUGCCGAGGCGGGCGGCGACGACGAGGGCGGCGGCGCCGCCGCCGCGGCGGUGAUCAGCGCCACGGGUGGUGGUAGCCUGGAGUCGCUGCUUGCCGGCAUACACUAG